AUGUAUAGCAACCGCUCCCAUCCGCUCCUCGAGCAGGUCCCCUUGACCGUCUCUCCGUUCAUUUCCCUCCCCACCGCGACAACACUCUCCUACAACUACAAGGCUAUGCCCUCAGCCCUGCCCCCCUCAGCAAUAGGCGUACCAGCCGCAGUCACCGACGAUUCAGCAGCUGGAGACGCCGCCGCAAAUAAACCCAAGUAUGUGAUCUCGCAGUCAGGACACGCAGCCCAUCCGGAUGAUAUCAUCGCCUCGUGUCGCGCGCUACAAGCACACAUUACAAAGAUGCAGGAGGACGCCGAGCGCGACCUGCGGGACCUCGAGACCAGGAUAAAAGAGCGAGAGCUGGCUGAGAAGAGAAGAGUUGCGCCCGGCUGGCUGGACAGUGAAGCCCGGAUACUCGAGCCGGAAAAGGUCGGCGGGCCAUCCGAGGAGGAGGAUGGGCAUCAGACAUCAGCUGUAGCGGGGACCAGUGAGAUGCCGUUGAACGAUCAAGGUGCGGAGCUAGACCGAGUGUUUGGCGGGUUGAGCAUGAAGUGA